GGUUUUCAUACACAAGGCUAGUUGCAACAUCAACGAAGCUGUCACUAUCGAAUAGGAACACAGUUGAUACCACUUUUUCCCAUAUAAAGUAUUGGGACUUAUCUACGUAACGUCACGGAUCGAUAAAGAACUACUUAUAGAUAACGGUUUUAGCCAUUUUUCGAUACAUAAGGGAAAGAAUUGCCGUACCAACGACGGCAAACAACAGCAAACCAAUACUAAAGAUCAGGAAACUGAACAUGGCAUAAGGAACUGAUGAUUAUCUUGAAGCAGUCCUGAUCAACAAGCUAGUACCUGCACGAUAAAAUUGAUCGAAAAUCGAUAUUUGAUCAGGAGAUCUGGCAAUCACUUAGUAACGCUUCUAGAGAUUCUGUUUUAACAGUAAAUGGAAUCUGUCUUCUCUAAGAGCUACAGGAACUGAGCACUUAACAUUGGUCGUCACUAUUCUUGGGAGAAUGCACAUGUGGAUGACUAAACAACAAUUUUAUUAAGGUGUCCUCAUAGAUCCUCAAAGGUGUGUCGAUCCAAUUGCAUUAAGCUACUAAUAGGUUUUGUCCCAGUUAUGAUAUGUUAAAGUAGCACUAACAGCAAUUAUAGACACUCUUUUUGUUGAAGAUAAAAUGCUGUUCUUGGGUGAAUGACAAGUCCUGAAACAUAAACGCAAAGGAAAGAGAACUCGAGGAAGGAACUAGGGAUGGCGCCGAAAGGAACGCUUUUGGUCUUCUUAGUAGUUUUAACCAUUGACAUUUUUUGCGAAAGUCCAGGUGACUGUAAUUUUGACAGAGAUUACUGUAAUUGGGUGAACGACAAAUCAGAUAACUUUGAUUGGCUUAGACGCUCAGGCAGUACACCAACCCUUUUUACUGGCCCAUCUAAGGAUCACACGAGUGGGAAAGGAUUCUACAUCUAUAAUUACGCAAACGACGCCUCAGACAGUCAUAAACCAGGCGACAAAGCAAAGCUAUUAAGCCCUUCAAUGCGGGGUCCAAAGUGCAUGACCUUUUACUACAAUAUGUAUGGCCAAUAUAUGAGCUGUUUCCUAGUAUACAUUAAAGUAGAAAAUAGUACUCAGUACCUUGCAUGGAUAAAGUCUGGCGAUAGGGGAGACCGCUGGAUUGAAGCUCAAGUCUUCAUCAAUGAAACAGGAAGCUAUCAGGUGGUGCUUGAAGUUAUACAAAACUGGAGUUGGUCAGGACAUGGAGCCAUUGACGACAUCUCCUUUCACAAUGGAUCUUGUGAACAAAAUGACGACAUUUUCUACGUCUCAAAGAAAUAUGAUACCGAAGUGCUCUACAAAGUUGGAACUAUGCCACAAUAUGGUGACUGGAAAAACCAGUUCUCUUUUACAGCUCGCAAAACCACAGGGGCCCUGGGGGAACCAAUGCACUUUAUUUAUCCUUCAAGCAGCUAUGGUUAUCCUCUAAUUACGAGCACUUUAAGAUUGGAAAUUCGGCGCUUCCCGCUUGACUUUUUCUACGAUUCGGCUUUGAUAAACACUUCUAGUGUGUUCUAUGUUCUACAACGAGGAGGAUCGAUGUCAGAGCAAAUCAGCACUGUUAAUUCUUCAUACGAACAUUGUUGUAGUUUGCAAGGCAUUAACUCAUUCAACGCAGUACCAGUCGAAGAUAACAUAGCAUCAAAACUUCCGGUAAAUUCCUCUUCUGCCACCAGCAUGGCAUUUCUUGCAGUAGAUGGUAAUCCUGACACAUGUUAUUACUCACGCAAGUCUUCAAAUCCUUGGUUAAGCAUUACGCUGCCUAAAACAGCGUACGUCCAUAGAGUAAAGAUAACCAAUUAUAAAGGCUGCUGUAACAUUCCAUACGCUUCGAUGGAGGUGACGGUUGAGCGGACAUUAAAUGCUGUUGUAGCAAUAUCAAAACAAUGCGGAAACAACCAGCCAUUUAGUGGUGAUGUUCUAUCACGUCAAUUUAAAUGUCGUCCACCAAUCUUUGGAAGCCGCGUAUUUAUUCGUCUGCAUGGUGAUAACGUCACAUUAGUACUGUGUCGUGUUACUGUGGCAGCUUUUGAUUCUGUUGAUGAGGCAAAGGGUGUACAUCGUCAGAUUUGGUACAAGCUUAUAAACACACAAGGAAUGUCUUCCAUCAGAGAAAACAUUGCUUUCAACUCUGUCCCACAUGGUGCAACCCUGUCACGAGAUUUUGGUUCUCAGUUUGAGGUGGCUGAUAAUUAUGGAGAGAUGCUGACGUCCUUUUUGCAGGUUCCUUUAAGUGGCAAUUACACCUUUCAUUUAAGCUGUGGUGAUGAGUGUGAACUAUGGAUCAACGAAUUCCAUGAAAAUGGCCUUCUGUUUGACAAAGGAAGUAUUAACAGUGAUGUAGGGCAACUGUUGGUGCGGAUACAGAAAUGGGCUAGUUACAAUGACAGUCUUGGCUGUGUAACUGCCUCAACCACCAGUAAAAUCUACCUCACCAAGUGUAGAAUCUACGAAAUGAAGCUUUAUGUGAAAGAAGGUUCGAGUUUUCAGUGUUUAGCUGUUGGCAUGACAACACCAAAUGGGAAUAUUGAGCACCCAAUCAAAAACAAGUAUUUGUUUUGGAUGCAGCCUGGCCAAAGGAUACUGACUUUUACGAUGCUAGGUCCAACAGUACUGGAAGCAGACUUAGGAGAAACUGUUUCGAUAAAAGCACGCUAUACCUUCUGUUGCCAUGGGAUACAUUGUCCUAACUGUUCUCUCACGGUAGACUUUCAUGUUUUUGGUAAAGUUUUUGACGUAAGUCGAUCCUUGAAAGCAACUUGUGAAGAACACCUGUUUAGUGUACAGCUAGAUGCAGUCGUACAGCCAGGAAUACACGAAAUGAAGAUUCUAUACACUUUUACUGGAACCCCCAAGAAAGAAAAAGGUCAGAGAACAGUAGGCCAAAUCAACGUGAAAGUUGCUGUUUUGCAAAAUGAGACUUUUACGAAGGGUUUCGGCAAAUGGUCCACAGAUUCACAACCGAGUUGGAAAACUGAUAACUCAUCAGACGAACUCUAUGCCUUCAUUGAUGGGCCAUACUCAUCGAAUCUGGAAAGUCCUGUCUUACCAUGGAAACAAUUUUACAGCCAAGUUGGCCUCUGUAUUGACUUCAGUUACCUAAUGCCUAAGCCAAAACCAGCUACCUUAAAAAUAUUCUUAAAUAUCACUGGGAUUAAGUCCCAGCUGUUGUGGUCUCUGAGUGGUUUCCAUGGAAACAAAUGGAAGCGCGCACGAGUGUCAUGGCAAGCAAAAGAAAAUUCAUUGAUCGUGAUCCGAGGAGAGUCUUCAGUUAACGCGAUAAGCGUUGCUAUAGAUACGGUUACCAUAACGACCGAAGCUUGUAAAGUGCGACCAUCAUACGCUUUUCCAGGUUUUACGUGCAAUAAGGACGAGUUCCAAUGUGCUAAUGGUCACUGCAUAAGUAACAAUCAAAGGUGUGAUAAUGACUUUAACUGCUUGGACAACUCGGAUGAAAUUGGAUGUAAAUGUUUGGUAAAUGAACUAACGUGUCCAUCAGGAAAAUGUGUGAAAUCAAGGAAUCUUUGCGAUGGGACAAAAGAUUGUGAAAAUGGGUUAGAUGAAAAGAGAUGUGGUAAGGAAGUCAAUACUAGAAAACAUUUAAAGUAA